AUGUGCCUGCGCUGUACAGGGGACGAAACUACCCAAGUCAACCCCGAAGGACCACGACGGGCUCGUCCUUCGGAAGUCACUGAAGGGCAGUCCAUGCGUAAACGUGUUGAGAAUAUGAAAAACCUAAAGAAACAGAAGAGGAAAUUUAGUAAACGGUUUGCAAAACCUGCUCCUAUUCCAGAACCAGGACUCCUAUGGACAUAA